AACAAUCGAAUCCAUUGGCGUGACUCGUGUCACCUGAGUGCCAAAGCCAAAUCCAUUUUUUUUCCAUGUAAAAAGGAUUAACACUUUUACUUUAUUUUAACUUCGUUCCAUUGUCCUUCUGACGGGGGAUUUGCCACCCACAGAUUGACGUGGAGCGUAGAUGACGAAACGAGUUUUUUUUUUUUAUUAUUAAAAAGAAGGGACGACAAUUUUAACGUGAGCAGUGCUAACAAUUCCAGAGCAUGUGAUAUCAAAAUUAGAGGGUAAGAACGAAGAGGGAAGUGUCGUGUGAUUUGUGAUUUAGGGCUCGUUGAAAUCGGUGGGUGCGGUUGAAACCGGCAGCAAUUGGAUCGAGGCGUUGGACGAUGGGGGCAGAAAGGGACGAGAGGAAGGCGGCUGGACUUGGACCUGGAUAUCGGGAAUUCAGUGGAAGACAUGAAUUCCCCUCCAACAUGAUGCACGGCAUAUUAGCUAUUGGGUUAUGGCUUUGGACUAUUCAUUUCGACGCCCUUUUGCUCUUUCUCUCGCUUCUCUUCCUUCCUUUUUCUAAAUUCCUUAUGGUGUUUGGAUUUCUUUUGGUUUUCGUGUUUCUUCCUAUCGAUCCUCAAAGUAAAUUUGGGCGGAGGUUGGCCAGGUAUAUAUGUAAGCAUCUUUGCAGUUAUUUUCCCACCGCUCUCCACGUUGAGGACAUUCACGCCUUCCAUCCCGAUCGUGCUUACGUUUUUGGUUAUGAGCCACAUUCAAUUUGGCCAAUUGGAGUUGUUACGCUCGCUGAACUUUCAGGGUUCAUGCCUCUUCCGAAAAUGAAAGUCCUUGCAACCAGCAUCGUAUUCUACACUCCAUUUUUGAGGCAUGUAUGGACAUGGUUGGGUGUCUCACCAGCAACAAGGAAAAGUUUUUAUUCCCUAUUAGAUGCUGGUUACAGUUGUAUUAUAGUGCCAGGUGGAGUGCAGGAGAUAUACCACAUGGAGCUUGGUUCUGAGGUUGCGUUCCUUAGGGCACGAAAAGGAUUUGUUCGCAUAGCCAUGCAAAUGGGCUGUCCAUUGGUCCCAGUUUUCUGCUUUGGUCAGUUUAUCCAUUGUCGUCUUUGUAACAAGUUCCACAUUCUACAUCACCUGAAUCAAAUUUUCUUGCUUCUUACUCGUGUGCUUCAGUCACAUGCCUACAAGUGGUGGAAACCAAAGGGGAAGUUGUACCUGCAAUUGGCCAGAGCUAUCAAGUUCAUUCCCAUAUUCUUUUGGGGAAUUUUUGGAACUCCUUUACCCUAUCAACAUCCAAUGCAUGUGGUGGUGGGCAAACCUAUUGAAUUGAAGAAAAAUCCACGGCCUACCGACGAAGAGGUCCUUGAAGUACAAGGCCAAUUUAUUCAAGCACUUCAAGAUCUCUUUGAGAGACACAAAGCUCGGGUUGGAUAUGCUGAUCUUUCAUUAAGGAUUCUUUGAUAUGAACUUGGUUUGUGUUGGGUUUUCCAGUGAAUCAUAUUUGUUUAUCAGUAGGAAAACAAUUUCAUUAAUGUCUUUAUCAAUGUGUGAUUUGAGGUCAGCAGAGAACAGAGUUAAAGCAGGAUUUUAUCAAUAGAAAAACAAUUUCGUGGCUAAAUCUUUACCUAUUGAUGAAGAU